AUCUAUGGAAGUCAGGGACGCCAUAACAGACCACUGCAGAUAUGUUGGAAAAAGUCAUGUGAUGACAUUUAUUUUCCUCCUACAUAAACAAGUAGAGGGCUCAUUUUUUUAAAAAGAGCUGUUAAAGUUGCUGUCGCGGUACUGGUCGUCCUAAUGCAAACUGGGCGGGUCAGCCCUUUGUUUCAGCGGGGCUUCCUGCAGCCAUCACACCAGCUUCAGGUGUAAAGCUCCAUGUCGGUAGGUUGAGGCAGGCUGUAGUACUCUUCUCGGGCAAUGGAUGGAGCCAGUGGUCAAAAAAAACAACUGCAGUCCUCAAUGGGGGAUUAAUAACCUUGAUGAGAGGAAUCACAUCAACUAUCUAAUGGGUUUUAUUCUAAGCGUUUGUCAUCAAAUGUGAAGUCAUUUUUCUGAGUGAAGACAUGGAUCAAGGAGGAGGGGUGUUGGAGCUUCACACUCAGGAGCUGAAGAUGCCCCAUGCUAUGAUCAUGCAAGACUUUGUUGCUGGCAUGGGGGGUCUUGCCCAUAUUGACGGGGAGCACAUUGUGGUGUCUGUGCCCGAGGGUAUGCUUCUGUCUGAUGUGAUGACGGAUGACGGCAUCCUCCUGGAACAUGAACUUGAGGUGGAAGGCCUAGAAACUCAGGUGGUUCAUGGACUGGAGACUGAGGUUGUGGAAGGACUGGAGACUGAAGUGGUGGAAAGCUUACAUGCAGACGUCGAGGGCUUGGAGGCAGAAGUGGUCGAGGAGCUACAGACACAUGUUGUAGAGCUGGAGGCUCAGGUUGUUGAGGACCUUGAGGCAGAGGUGGAAGUGGAGGGUCUCGAAGCAGAGGUGGUUGAAGGCCUGGAAACCGAAGUAGAUGUUGAGGAUCUUGAGGCUCACGUUGUUGAGGGGCUUGAGGAGGAGGUGGAAGUGGAGGGUUUAGAAGCUGAGGUUGUGGAGGGUCUAGAAGUAGAUGUAGAAAGUCUUCAAUCUCAAGUAGUGGAGGACCAUGAAAUGACCACUGAAGACAUAGUUUCCUCACAACACAGCGUGAUUAUGCCUGAGAAUAUUCUGGGCACAGAGGUCGCGAUAGAGGAAACACUGGAUCCCCAUCAUCACCAUCAUGUCCUCACUUCAGACCUCAUCCAGGACUCAAACCACCACCACGAUGACAUGCCAGACCAGGUGUUUGUGGCAGAGCUUCUGUCUGAGCACCAGGACAAUACACUGGACCAUCAGCUUGUAUCAGAAGGUUUGAUGGUGACGGAAGCUAAUGCUGAGACAAUAAUCCAUGAGCAGCUGCCAACAGAGGCUGUUCCCUUGCAGACAGAUGAGGACGAUGAUGCAAGAAGCAGUUCGGAGGAUUACCUCAUGAUCUCCUUAGAUGAGGUGGGAGAGAAGCUGGACAUUGGAGAUACUCCCCUUGAGAUCAGCACUGAGGUGAUGGAAGACAAGGAAUCUAAAGAGGACGACGGCUCCGAGGUCAUCAAAGUCUACAUCUUCAAAGCUGAAGCAGAUGAUGAUCUAGGAGGAACCGAGGUCAUAACAGAGGAUGAUUACCAGAAUGGCCAUCCUGACCUUGAAGCUGCAUCAUCAGGCAGACUCGGAGUUGGCCGUGACAAGAUGGUGUACAUGGCAGUCAAGAACCAUCCAAAAGAAGAAGAGGAUGAUGAGGAUGACAGUGAUGAGGAUGACGAUGAUGACAUUAGUAACACAAUUGAUCAGGUGAAGAAUGGAGCCUCAACACCAUUUUUGCAAAUCCGAGAAGGGCUCAGUGCUAACCGUACAAUCAAACCAAAACCUAAGAAAAAGAAGAAAGGAGAUACACGGCAGUGUCAGACUGGUAUGAACAGCAUUCAAUCUUGUGAUGUUCGGCCUUUUGUUUGUGUUGAAUCAGCUGUGAUCAUUGGACCAGAUGGAAUGCCUUUGACCGUCUACCCCUGUCACAUAUGUGGAAAGAAGUUUCGCUCACGGGGCUUCCUCAAAUGCCACAUGAAGAACCACCCGGACCACCUGCUCAAGAAGAAGUACCAAUGUACAGACUGUGACUUCACCACCAACAAGAAGGUCAGUUUCCACAACCACUUGGAGAGUCAUAAGCUGCUGAGUCACAACUGUGAGCGCUCUCCAGAAUACACAGAGUACACACGGCGUUACCAUGAGUCCAGCCCCCUGGGCUCUGACAAGCUCAUCGUCAAAGACAGAGAGCCCAAACUGCAUCACUGCAAGUACUGCGAUUAUGAGACGGCAGAACAGGGUCUGCUCAACCGUCACCUGCUGGCUGUGCACAGUAAGAACUUUGCUCAUGUGUGUGUUGAGUGUGCCAAAGGUUUUCGCCAUCCAUCAGAGCUGAAGAAACACAUGCGGACCCACACAGGUGAGAAGCCCUACCACUGCCCGCACUGCGAGUUCCGCUGUGCAGAUCAGUCCAACCUAAAGACUCACAUUAAGAGCAAGCACGGUGCAGAUCUGCCAUUCAAAUGCAGCCACUGUCCUCAAGCUUAUGCAGAUGCACGGGAACUCCAGCGUCACAUAGAGAUGGUGCAAGGCCACAAGACCCACCAGUGCCCACACUGUGAGCACAAGAGCACCAACUCCAGUGACCUGAAACGACACAUUAUCUCUGUACACACCAAGGACUUCCCUCAUCAGUGUGAUGUGUGUGAGAAAGGCUUUCACAGGCCCUCAGAGUUGAAGAAACAUGCAGAAACGCACAAGGGGAACAAGGUGCACCAGUGCCGGCAUUGUAACUUCAACGCCCCAGACACCUUCACCUUGAGUCGCCACAUCCUGUCCUUGCACACAAAGGACCUCCCUUUUAAAUGCAAGCGUUGCCGGCGAGGCUUCCGACAGCCUGCUGAGUUGAAGAAGCACAUGAAGACACACAGUGGUAGAAAGGUCUAUCAGUGCCAGUAUUGUGAGUAUAACAGUACAGACGCUUCUGGCUUCAAACGCCAUGUUAUCUCCAUUCACACCAAGGACUACCCCCACCGCUGCGACUACUGCACGAAGGGCUUUAGGAGGCCUUCGGAGAAGAGCCAGCACAUAGCCAGGCAUCAUAAAGACAUGUUGAUGUAAUGUCAUCGCACACAAAAACACACUCCUCUCCCAAUUUAAUCUGUUUCACACACCCACAGGUGAUUUUAGUGUAUUGACAAAGAAAUGGUGUAUUUUGGCUGUUGAAUGACACCAUUAUAAUUGCCAUUCUGUGUUGUAAUGGGCGUAAACCUCCUCCCUCCAGGGGUAUGAAACAACACAUUUUAGAUGGGGUUGAAAUCUAAAAAAGGACUGUGUACACUGAGCAGGACAUCUGUAAAUUGUGUUUUGUUUUGUUUCAGAAAAUCACAUAUGAACAUAUAUUCAGGGUCUCAAAUGUCUAUAUUUUUAUACCCACUCAGCUGAAAUGCUGCAAGAUGACUGUGUCCUGUAAAAUAGAAAGUGUUGCUCCGUAAGCUUCAUGCCACUUCUUCAGAUUAUGUGGAAUGAGUACAUGAGGAGUUUGCCUCCAACAGUACCAACAAGUAUCUCUUUUCAUUAUUAACUAGCUUUUACCCUGAUAUUUGUUUUCAAUGCCAUCUGGUCUUAAAGGGGCAGGGACAAUUAUAAGUUCAUUAAUAUGUUUUGAGUGAUGAUGACAAACAUUCAGCACCUUAAGGAAAUAUAUCAAUAAAUCAAACAUUUGGACUUCCAUCAUUUUGGAUUUUCCUCCCAAGCAUGAACACUUGGAAUACCAUGAAGUUAAUCAUGUAUAACAUAGGCUUUAUCCUCUUAAAUAUUUCUUCAAAGUUAAGUCAGCAUUGUCUAACAAGAAGGAUAAAUGGUGCAGUUGGUAUGAUUGAAAAAUAUCCCUUUAGUGUGCACAACAUGUGCGACAAAGAAAUCUGGUUUGAUAAUGAACAGGUGUAUCAUAAUAUGAACUAUACAGAUGGUUGACUUCACGUUUGAUAACCCUUGAAGUUGUGAUACCUGACUGCCAGUGUAAGUUGCGUGUGUGUGUGUGUGUGUGUGUGUGUGAUGUUAUCUGUGACACAGAUGUGAUCUCUCAGCUAACCAUUUGAUUGCAAUCAUGCCUUACAUCUGUUGGUCUUUGUCCCUUAAGCACUGAUGAACACCGCUAAUAAAAAAAUAAGUGAUUUUUAACUCUCAAACAUGCUGUAUCAAUGCCAUUCUCCCAGAGAUUGUGUGUUUGAGUCAGUAGAAAGCACUUUAUUAACCUUUUUUUAAUAUUUUAAUUACAUGUGUGACACACCCACACAACUAUAUAUACAUAUAUAUAAAUAUAAAAAACCUAGAUGAUAAACAAUUACAGAGCUUUGUGAGUUGGUAAAGGUGAGCAUUGUUUUGAGUGUUAUCGCUAGCUAAUGAGCGUGAUCCAUCACUGCAUCAGAACUGAAUUGUGAUUGAAAGUGGUGGGUGAAACCAUUAGUUGUUUUGUUCUAUGGAUAAGUGAUUGGGUUUUGUGUUUUGUUUGUGCUCACUAACAAGUUUCCCAGACCCUCGUCCUGCAGUCCCAAAUAACCCGACCCAUUAUUCCCAUCAAGUCAGUGGUCAUCAUAUUGGCAGUAGUCUUUAAAGUAUGCACAUAAAGCUGUCUCCAUGAAAUUAAUUGUGGUAUAUAUUAAAAAAUCCCUGCAUUUCGUGUACCUUAGUCUAUAUUUUCUUUCAGUCUGAUUGUGGAUAAACUACUGGCGGGGAAGAACCAAAAUAAACAAUUAUCUUUUU